AUGCGACUGCUCGUACUGUUCCUGUAACUGGAGCUUCUUGUCUGAAAGCUCCUCCUUCCAGAGAGUCAAACAAAAGAGAAAUAGGAAGAUAUAUUCCCAAAAUCAAAGAGAAGCAGCCAUUUUCAGACAAAAACUGGAUACGAAAGAGACUGAUCUUACCAAUCCGAAUCUAAAGGCCGAAUAGAAAGCUUUCCGUGUUGAAACAGCUUGUGGGUCCCUCCCAUCUGUUUCGUUCUCUCUGAAAUUUCGUGCCUUUGCUUGCUUAUUGUGAAGUAAGGAGUCACCUCUGAAUCGUUCUCUCUGUUUCUGGAAGCAUUAGAUCCAAAGUUUCCGGCUUUCUUUCUCGUCGGAAAAUGUCGGGCAAGGAUUUGGUUUUUGCUGUAAACGGAGAAAGAUUCCAGGUCUCCUCCAUCGACCCUUCAACGACGUUGCUUGAAUUCUUGCGAUCCAGCACUCGUUUCAAGAGUGUCAAGCUCAGCUGCGGCGAAGGCGGGUGUGGAGCUUGUAUCGUCCUUCUUUCGAAAUACGAUACCGAGUCGGACCGAGUCGAGGAUUUUACGAUAAGCUCAUGUCUGACCCUUCUCUGCAGCAUAAAUGGAUGUUCCAUAACAACGUCCGAGGGGCUAGGAAAUACCCGCAAAGGGUUCCACCCGAUUCACGAGAGGAUUGCAGGGUUCCAUGCCUCGCAGUGCGGAUUCUGUACCCCCGGGAUGUGUGUUUCUCUCUGUUCAGCUCUUGUAAAUGCUGAUAAAUCCGAUGGGCCAAAGCCUCGUCCUGGUUUUUCCAGGCUGACUGUUUCCGAAGCAGAAAUGUCAGUUGCCGGAAAUCUUUGCCGCUGCACUGGUUACCGGCCUAUCGUCGAUGCUUGUAAGAGUUUUGCUUCUGAUGUUGAUAUAGAGGAUUUAGGGUUCAAUGCCUUUUGGAAGAAAGGGGACAACAAAGAAGUGAUGUUAGAAAACUUGCCUGCAUAUAGCGCUAAACGCCAUCUUGUUACUUUCCCCGAGUUCUUGAAGAAAGAGAUCGAGUCUUGUAAUGUUUUGGAUCAGACCAAGUAUCGUUGGAGCACUCCCGAGAGUAUUGAAGAACUACAAAGGAUUCUCGGAGGUAAAACACUUGGUGGUAAUGAAGGUUCAGUGAAGCUAGUUGUUGGCAACACAGGAACGGGUUACUACAAGGAACGAGAAAAGUUCGAUAGAUAUAUUGAUAUCAGACGCAUUCCCGAGUUGUCGAUGAUCAGGAAGAACGGUAGCGGGAUUGAGAUCGGAGCUGUUGUUACGAUAUCUAAAGCCAUUGACGUUUUGAAAGAGGAAAGCAAGGUUUCUGAUGUUUUCACGAAAAUGGCGAGUCAUAUGGAGAAAGUCGCGAACAAAUUUAUUAGGAACUCGGGUAGUAUCGGAGGUAAUUUAGUGAUGGCUCAGAGCAAACGAUUCCCUUCCGACAUUGCUACGGUUUUCCUCGCUGUAGAUGCCACGGUGAAUAUAAUGAGUGAUGGGGAAUACGAGAAGCUUAGUAUGGAGGAGUUUCUUGAACUGCCUCCAGUAUUGGAAUCUAACACGGUUCUUCUGAACGUCGAAAUCCCUUUCUGGAGUGUUUCUUCUCGCCCAAAAACCGAAUUCCUCUUCGAAACCUACCGAGCUGCACCUCGCCCGCUCGGAAGCGCGUUGCCCUAUGUAAAUGCGGCAUUCUUGGCACGAGUCUCUCGAUGGGAAUCUUCGCAAUGCAUCGUAGUGGAUGAUUGCCGUUUGGUAUUUGGUUCUUACGGCGGGGAACAUUCGAUCCGAGCCAAGAAAAUCGAGGAGUUCUUGACGGGGAAAUCACUAAACUACAGUGUUCUUUAUGAAGCUGUGAGGUUACUUAGAGGCAUCAUAGAGCCUUGCAAGGAUACCUCUUACCCCGAGUACCGGAAAAGCUUGGCUGUCGGGUUUCUUUUUGAGUUCUUCUACCCAUUGAUCGAGAACAGUAAUACAACCCCGAGUUUUCCACGUGAUGACUCAAAAAGAAAACGCAAAAACGGCUACAAUGAUCUCGAAAAUUCUCGGGUUUUGCUAUCAUCUGCACAGCAGGUGUUUGAGAGCAGUGAAUUCCGGCCUGUUGGUCAAGCGGUUAUCAAAGUUGGAGCUGCAAUGCAGGCUUCUGGUGAAGCUGUUUUCGUCGAUGAUAUUCCAUCUUUACCGGACUGUUUAUAUGGAGCAUUCAUUUAUAGCACGAAAGCUAUGGCUCGGAUAAAGAGCAUAGGCUUCAGAGACGGCGUGAAACCAAUCGGAGUUCUGGAAGUUAUCGACUUCAAGGACAUUCCCGAAGAGGGACAAAACGUCGGUUCCAAGACCAUGUUCGGCUCAGGCCCCUUGUUUUCAGAUGAAUUUACUCAAUCUGCCGGCCAGAGAGUUGCCCUUGUGGUUGCGGAUACACAGAAACACGCUGAUAUGGCAGCAAACUCAAACUGUGCAGUAAUUGAGUACGAUACAGAGGAUUUAGAACCGCCGGUAUUAUCCGUCGAGGAUGCAGUUCAAAGAUCUAGCAUGUUCCUGGUUCCUGCAGUGCUUUACCCCAAACCCGUUGGCGAUGUUUCGAAAGGGAUGGCCGAAGCUGAUCACAAGAUACUCUCGGAUAAGUUCCGACUAGGAUCACAGUACUACUUCUAUAUGGAGACACAAACAGCACUUGCCUUGCCCGACGAAGACAACUGUUUGCAGGUAUAUAGUUCGAGUCAAGCACCCGAGUACUUGCAUUCGGUAAUUGCUACAUGUCUCGGCAUCCGAGAGCACAAUGUGCGUGUUAUUACCCGAAGAGUCGGAGGUGGGUUCGGUGGAAAAGCCAUAAAAUCUAUGCCUGUUGCGACAGCAUGUGCACUUGCUGCACACAAGUUGCAACGUCCCGUGAGGAUGUAUCUAAACCGCAAGACUGAUAUGGUAACGGUCGGGGGACGGCAUCCGAUGAAAAUAACAUACAACGUCGGUUUCAAAUCGGAUGGAAAGAUCACGGCAUUAGAGUUGGAGAUUUUAGUAGAUGCCGGGAUGGAUGUGGACGUGAGCCCGAUAAUGCCGCACAAUAUCUCAGGUCCCGUCAAGAAAUACAACUGGGGUGCAUUGUCAUUCGACAUAAAAGUUUGCAAGACGAACCGACCUAGCAGAUCAGCUAUGAGGGCUCCCGGGGAAGUCCAAGGCGCGUACAUUGCCGAAGCCAUUAUCGAAAACGUAGCUUCUUCCCUUCAAAUGGAUGCAGAUUCCGUCAGAAAGAUUAAUCUUCAUACAUACGACAGCCUCGGCUUGUUCUAUAGCCAUACCGCUGGUAACGCUGACGAGUACACCUUGCCUUCGAUAUGGAACAAGUUGGAGAUAUCUUCGGGGUUCGAGCAAAGGGUGGAAACAGUGAAAGAGUUUAAUCGGUGUAACGUUUGGUGCAAAAGGGGCAUUUCUCGAGUACCCAUCGUUCAUGAAGUUAUGCAGAGGCCAACCCCGGGAAAAGUUAGCAUUCUGAGCGACGGGUCUAUCGUCGUCGAGUGCGGAGGUGUCGAGAUAGGGCAAGGCCUGUGGACAAAGGUUCAACAGAUGGCUGCUUACGGUCUUGGCUUGAUUGGAUUCAAUGGAAACGAAGAGUUGCUCGAGAAAGUACGCGUUAUACAGGCGGAUACGCUCAGUUUGAUUCAAGGAGGUUUCACUGCCGGAAGCACGACUUCCGAGAGUAGUUGUGAGGCCGUUAGACUCUGCUGCGAUAUCUUGGUUGAAAGGCUGAAACCCAUCAAGGACCAGAUUCUCGAGAAAACGGGUUCUGUGAGCUGGGAAGUGCUCAUUCAACAGGCCUAUGCUCAAUCUGUGAACUUAUCCGCGAGUACCUUAUAUAGGCCGGAGUUCUCUUCCAUGCAAUACCUCAACUACGGCGUUGCAAUCAGCGAGGUGGAAGUAAGCCUUCUCACCGGUGCAACGGAGAUUCUCCGGUCGGAUAUCAUAUACGACUGCGGAAAAAGCCUAAACCCUGCUGUUGAUUUAGGACAGAUCGAAGGAGCGUUUGUUCAGGGGAUCGGGUUUUUCAUGCUCGAAGAGUACACGACAGAUGAGAACGGGCUCGUGGUUCAAGACGGCACAUGGAACUACAAAGUCCCUACUCUCGACACCAUUCCCCGACAGUUCAACGUCGAAGUUCUCAACAGUGGGCAUCACAAGGACCGCAUCCUUUCCUCUAAAGCUUCCGGGGAACCGCCAUUGCUUCUAGCAGCUUCUGUGCACUGUGCAGCGAGAUCAGCCAUUAGAGAAGCUCGGAAACAGCUCUUUUCAUGGAGAGCCGACAACACUGACAAAGAUGGGUUCGAUCCGGCUUUCGAGUUGCCGGUUCCGGCGACAAUGCCGGUGGUGAAGGAGCUUUGUGGGCUUCUGAGUGUGGAGAAGUUCUUGGAAUUCAAGAUCGCCGGAAAUUGAUUGCCGCCGGAGAAACUUUCUCACCGAUAAUGCAUCAUUUGCCCCUAUAAGUGGUACACUUAUUGUAUAUACACUGUUUUGUUGUCUUGUAGACAUUACUAGAACACCAAAAGAAUAAUAAUUUUAAAAAAUAAAUGAAAGUAAAAAGAGAAUCGAAGUGCUGUAUA